AUCCGCGAUCGUUCCGUCUGGGUAUUGCUUCAAAACAACCAAUACGCGUCGUUACCGCCUCGACGAGAGAGAACCCAAUUGCUAUAAAUUGUCUUCGUCUAGUAUCAGUCCGAACGAGGCAACCGAUCGAAGCGGUUCGACAAAACUUAAGAUUGAACGCCACGCGCUAUAACGCAAACCAUGCAACCCCGUAUCCUACACUUGACGGUGUUGGCCACCAUCAUUGGUGUGGCCCUGACGGCUAACGUUCCCAGCACCCCUGGUCGAAAGCUUAACAUCCCAGCUUUCAGCAAUGCUGGCAAAACCAAGGGCAUCGAAAUUUGGCGCAUCGAGAACUUCCAACCCGUUGCCGUUCCGAAGGCCGAGUAUGGAAAGUUCUACACGGGAGAUUCGUACCUUGUUCUAAACACUAACGAAGACAAAAACAAGAAGAAGUCCUAUGACGUGCACUUUUGGCUGGGCCUGAAAACCACCCAAGAUGAAGCGGGAUCCGCUGCCAUCUUAACCGUACAGUUGGACGAUCUGCUGGGAGGAGGUCCAGUUCAGCACCGCGAAGUGGAAGGUUCCGAAUCGGAUCUUUUCCUAAGCUAUUUCAAGGGCGGCAUCCGAUAUCUGGAAGGUGGAGUAGCAUCCGGAUUCAAGCACGUACAAACCAAUGCAGCGCAUCCGAAACGUCUCUUCCACGUCAAGGGAGCCAAAAAUAUCCGUCUGCGACAGGUUGAACUGGCCGUAUCUGCCAUGAACAAGGGAGACUGCUUUAUCCUUGACUCCGAUCGCGAUGUUUUUGUCUGGGUUGGACCAAAAGCCAAUCGCGUUGAGAAACUGAAGGCCAUCAACGUGGCAAACGAUAUCCGCGAUAGGGAUCACAAUGGACGUGCCACGGUUCACAUCGUUGACGAAUUCUCCACGCUCACAGAUCAGGAGAACUUCUUCAAGUCGCUUGGUUCGGGAUCGCCAUCAACCGUCCCAGAUCAAUCAACGGCCAAGGAAGAUGCGGCGUUCGAGAAGUCCGAUGCCGCUCGAGUGGAACUCUAUAAGGUUACCGACUCCAAAGCUGGAAAACUGGCCGUUGAGCCGAUUACUCAGAAAUCACUGAAGCAGGAGAUGCUGAAGCCCGAUGAUGCUUUCAUCCUGGACACCGGCUCCGGAUUGUACGUCUGGAUUGGAAAGAGUGCCACCCAACAGGAGAAGACCCAAUCUCUGGUGAAGGCACAGGAGUUCAUUAAGAACAAGAAGUACCCCGCUUGGACCCCAGUGGAACGGAUUGUGCAGAAUGCCGAAACGGCACCGUUCAAACACUUCUUCCAGACCUGGCGCGAUGCUGGAUCCACCGGAUCCAGACUUGUUUGAGGAACGUUUUUUUUAAACGUGAUGGGCGUUGACCUUAGUUAAAAAUAAUAUAAAAAUAUUACGACUCAAAUGCUGUAAAUAAAGCAAGAUUCUCUAAUGAGUUUUU